AUGUUUUACAUAGACCAGGUUAAAUAUGAAGUAUUACAAUCAGCAGAGUCCGCGGAUCAUUUUCGUCAGAUUAUUUAUCCAUAUGAAAGAACUACAAACGAUUUUAGAUUUACAGUCGGUAAUUUAAAGGAUUUUGAAGGUUUAUUAAAAUUACAACGUAUUGGCAUAGGAAAUUUAAUGAGACC